UCCUAUCUUCUCCUACCAAAAUGUCAAUAACUAAAUCUUCUCCUCCACAAAAAUUAAAUCCCCGAAAGACAAAUUAAUUACCGAAAUGCCAUGGCCGGCCUUCCUGGCGGCGGCGGCGAAGCUCGUCGUUCUUGCGGCGGCCGCCGCGACGGCGGCCAACGCGGCAUCCUAUGCGCGGUUCCGCCGCCGGAACCUUCGCCGCAUCCCCAACCCCAUCGACGACUCCGCCGACCCCAUCGCCGACUUCCGCGCCCUCCCCUCCUCCUCCUCCUCCGCCGCCGCCUCAGAAGAUGACGAUUUCUUCUUCGGGUUAGCGACGGCGCCUGCACAUGUUGAAGACAGGCUGGACGAUGCCUGGCUUCAGUUUGCGCAAGAGCAUUCGGGCGGUGAUAAUGACUCCGUGCCAAACCAGAUGCCAGCCAACGCAGUGGUGGCCUCUGCUGGUGGCGAUGGAGGAUCUCAGCCCUCAUCUAGGCCAAGAGGGGACGAAAAGGGUAACGAUGGAGAUCAAAGGAAGCCUAUUAGGGUAGCCAUGGAGGCUAUGCUUAGGGGUUUUGAAAAGUUUUCUGAGAGUGCGGAAUCUAGCGACACUGAUAGUGGCAGCCGCAAAGUUGCUGCUUGGCACAAUGUUCCAUGCCCGCAAGAGAGGCUUAAAUUUUGGUCCGAUCCUGAUACUGAGUUGAAACUUGCUAAAGAAACCGGGGUUAGUGUUUUCCGCAUGGGUGUAGACUGGACGAGGAUAAUGCCCAAGGAACCAACUGAAGACUUCAACAACUCCGUUAAUUUUGCAGCACUUGAGCGGUACAGAUGGAUAAUUCAAAGAGUUCAUGAGCAUGGGAUGAAAGUAAUGCUUACUCUAUUUCAUCACUCGCUUCCACCUUGGGCUGGGGAAUAUGGGGGGUGGAAGAUGGAAAAAACUGUUAAUUAUUUCAUGGAUUUUGUAAGGCUUGUUGUUGAUCGGGUGUCAGACUUAGUGGACUACUGGGUGGUUUUCAAUGAACCACAUGUGUUUGUGAUGCUAACUUAUUGUGCUGGUGCUUGGCCUGGUGGAGAUCCUAAUGCAAUUGAAGUAGCAACAUCUGCUUUGCCAACUGGUGUAUAUAAUCAAGCUUUGCAUUGGAUGGCUGUUGCGCAUGCUGAAGCCUAUGACUACAUUCAUUCAGAAAGCAAGAAUGCAAUGAUGCCAAUAGUUGGUUGUUCACAUAAUGUAUCGUUUACACGACCAUAUGGUCUAUUUGAUGUUGCGGCUGUCACAAUAGCUAACUCAAUGACCCUAUUCCCUUACGUCGAUAGCAUUUGUGAUAAAUUGGACUUUAUUGGCAUCAACUACUAUGGGCAGGAGGUAAUAUCAGGACCUGGUCUAAAACUUGUCGAUAGUGAUGAGUACAGUGAAUCUGGUCGUGGAGUUUAUCCCGAUGGGUUAUUCCGCCUCCUACUUAAGUUCAAUGAGAGAUACAAGAGCUUAAAUAUACCUUUUAUCAUCACUGAAAAUGGAGUUUCUGAUGAGACUGAUCUGAUUCGUAAGCCAUAUAUACUUGAGCACCUAUUAGCCAUAUAUGCAGCCAUGUUAAUGGGUGUACGUGUGCUUGGCUAUCUAUUCUGGACAACAUCGGAUAAUUGGGAGUGGGCUGAUGGCUAUGGUCCAAAGUUUGGGCUUGUUGCUGUUGACCGUGCAAAUAACCUAGCACGGAAACCUCGCCCUUCAUACUAUUUAUUCUCCAAGGUUGUUGCAACUGGAAAAAUUACGGGACAGGACAGAAUGUCUGCUUGGAGGGACCUGCAAGAAGCUGCAGUUCAGAAGAAAACACGUCCAUUUUUCAGGGAAGUAGAUAAACAUGGUCGGAUGUAUGCAGGAGGUCUAGAUCGGCCUAUUCAGCGAAGUUUUGUAUUGCGGGACUGGCGAUUUGGCCACUAUGAAAUGGAAGGCUUACAGGAUCCUUUGAGCCGCCUUGUAAGAUGUGUAAUUAGACCAUUUGGACGCAAGAAGAAGAUUCACUACAUUGAGGACGAUGCAAUUUCUUACUCUAUGUCUCCUUAAGACCUGCUACUGUAGUUGCUACUCAAGUUCAAUUUCUUUGGUUGCAACAUAAAGCGACAUCAAGUUUUGGAUAAUCAUCCUCUAGAUGAAGCACAUAGGAAGUUAUGGAAAUGGAAGCUUCACCUUUUGCAGUUUAAUGUACAUGGUUAUAUAGGGUUUCACCGUAGUAGGACCUAGUAAGUACCUUGUAAUUGCCCUGUGCUUUUAGUUUGUUCUUAUCUCAUUUAGAAUUUAUAAACAAGUUAUUCUUGAUGCA